AUGGAGCUCCACGCGAUCGAGAGCCAACACAUGGAGCUCCUACGGGACAACAUCCCCAUGGUUUCCCUGGCUGUCCUCUGUGGCCACGGAUGGCCGAUACAGUGGGCAUCAUUACCAAGAUUAUCGAAGCUGCUCUCAAGAUCAAGAGAGCAGCAGACUGAUACAGUGAAGCAGAAUGAGGAUACAUGCAAGCAGAAUGAGGAUACAUGCAAGCAGAUAAUAAGCCGCGCUGAGAUACUCAGCGACACGUUGUCGCAGCACCAGGAUAACAGGGAGCUGAUGAACAACUCGGCAGUAAGAAAGGCACUUGAGGCCCUGGACAAAACCCUUGGUGAGGCCUUGCAGCUGGUCAUGGAUUGCCAGGAGGAGACCAACGUCGUGUGCCUUUACUACAAAUCCGGGGACCUGUCCAAGCGGUUAAUCAAGGUGGAGCAGCACAUAUCCAGUAAGAACACGGACGCAAUGCUUGCCAUCAUGGGCUUCCUUUUACUUAAUCAAUUUAAUCAACACGGUGCUCAUCCUCAGCCCCAGCAGGUAUGA